CAGCUCACUCCGCUGACGGACAAGACAGCAACACCUCAACAAAAAGCAGCCAUUUCUAACAAAAAAAACAAGAAGAAAAAAAAACUAUUUUCGCUUUGCUUCAGUAAGCGUCCUUUUUUUUCUUUUCUAUUUUUCCUCCAUUUCACUAUUUCCUGCGCACCCGUAACUUCGACGCGCCGAGCGCUUUGAACUGAUCAGUGCGGAGCGCCUGAACUCAGGAGAAUGGCAGACUCGGCGGCGAACAACAGCGACGGGGAGGACGGACCCAAGCAGCCCAUGCGGGGCUUCGCGCGCCAGGGCGCACUCCGGCAGAAGAACGUUCACGAAGUGAAAGACCACAAAUUCAUCGCGCGCUUCUUCAAGCAGCCCACCUUCUGCAGCCACUGCACAGACUUCAUCUGGGGAUUUGGCAAGCAGGGAUUCCAGUGUCAAGUGUGUUGUUUCGUGGUUCACAAGCGUUGCCAUGAGUUUGUCACUUUCUCCUGUCCCGGCGCGGACAAAGGACCUGCCUCAGAUGACCCCAGGGCAAAGCAUAAAUUUAAGAUCCACACCUACUCCAGCCCGACCUUCUGUGACCAUUGCGGCUCCCUACUGUACGGCCUCAUACACCAGGGAAUGAGAUGUGACCACUGUAUGAUGAACAUCCACAAGCGCUGCGUUCCCAAUGUGCCGAAUCUGUGUGGAACAGACCACACUGAGAGGAGAGGCCGCAUCGAGAUCAGUGCUGAGGUCAAGACUAAUGUUCUCACCGUCACAAUUAAACAGGCCAGGAAUCUGAUUCCUAUGGACCCCAAUGGUCUGUCAGACCCCUACGUGAAGCUGAAGUUGGUCCCAGACCCACGCAGUGAGAGCAAACAGAAGACCAAGACUAUGAAGUGUAACCUAAACCCCGUAUGGAAUGAGACCUUCAAAUUCCACCUGAAGGAGUAUGAUAAGGACCGCCGCCUGUCGGUGGAGGUGUGGGACUGGGACCUGACCAGCCGCAACGACUUUAUGGGAUCGCUGUCCUUUGGCAUUUCAGAGCUUCAGAAACAAGGGGUGGAUGGCUGGUUUAAGCUCCUUUCUCAGGAAGAAGGCGAAUACUUCAAUGUUCCUGUGGCUCCGGAGGGAGAGGAGGGCAAUGAGGAGCUACGGCAGAAAUUUGAGAGAGCUAAAAUUGCAGUAGGCAAGAACAUGGAAGGAAAGUCAGCAAAUGCAGCCUCCAGGUUCGACAACAACGGCAACCAGGAUCGCAUAAGGCUGUCGGACUUUAACUUCCUGAUGGUGCUGGGCAAGGGCAGCUUUGGCAAGGUGAUGCUGGCAGAGCGUAAAGGAACAGAGGAGUUGUAUGCCAUAAAGAUCCUGAAAAAGGAUGUGGUUAUCCAAGACGAUGACGUUGAGUGCACCAUGGUGGAGAAGAGGGUGUUGGCUUUGAGCGGAAAGCCUCCUUUUUUAACACAGCUGCACUCCACCUUCCAGACCAUGGACCGUUUGUAUUUUGUCAUGGAGUACAUAAAUGGUGGAGACCUCAUGUAUCAGAUACAGCAGGUUGGAAAGUUCAAAGAGCCCCAUGCUGUGUUCUACGCUGCUGAGAUAGCCAUCGGUUUAUUUUUCCUACAUCAAAAGGGCAUCAUCUACAGGGACCUGAAGCUGGAUAACGUAAUGCUGGACUGUGAGGGCCACAUUAAGAUCGCAGACUUUGGUAUGUGCAAAGAAAACAUGCUUGACGGAGUCACAACCAAGACCUUCUGUGGAACCCCAGACUACAUCGCUCCUGAGAUUAUUGCCUAUCAACCUUAUGGAAAAUCUGUGGACUGGUGGGCCUUCGGAGUAUUGCUUUAUGAAAUGUUGGCUGGACAGCCCCCGUUCGAUGGUGAGGAUGAGGAUGAGCUGUUUCAGUCCAUUAUGGAGCAUCACGUCUCCUAUCCCAAGUCGAUGUCUAAGGAAGCUGUCGCCAUAUGUAAAGGACUGAUGACGAAGCAUCCAGCCAAACGACUGGGCUGUGGUCCAGAGGGGGAGAGGGAUAUCAGGGAGCACAGCUUCUUCCGCUACAUGGACUGGGAAAAACUGGAGAACAAGGAAGUCCAACCCCCAUUCAAACCCAGAGCUUGUGGACGGGAGGCCGAGAACUUUGACCGCUUUUUCACUCGCCACCCGCCGGUGCUGACCCCCCCUGAUGAGGAGGUGAUUCAGAACUUGGACCAGGACGAGUUCCAGGGAUUCUCCUAUAUCAACCCAGAGUUCCCAGCAAGUGCUCCCACCACCGCUGCUGCCGAGCAGGCUUGAUUUCAGCUCCAAGCAUGGAAACAUGGACUCACACACAGACAUACUCAUGACAGAGGACUCCACAGUACACACACCAAAACCCAGGCUGUCAAUAAUAAUGCCUCAAGUACGGAUUUGUUGCUUAUCGUUUCAAAUUUUGCAGUAAACCAUAACUGCAUGAACUGUAGCAGUCUGGAAGGAUGAAAGCAAAGUGUCUUGCAAAAGCAUCAAAACUAUUUUGUGAGGUUACAGCAACAAGUUUCAGAUGUGUUUUAUUCAGAGUUUAGCUGUUCCCAUGCACCCAAUUAAUGCAUAGUGAUAUGAGGGAAAUUACAAUUUCAUGAUUUUUUUUACAAAAAAUGUAUGGCAUUGUGUAUAGCUCCCUUUGCUGUCAGCAUCUUAAAGAUAAUCAAAUACCUUGCAUUCCAAAUAAGCAGGCCAGGUAAAAGGAGGAGGGGCAGCAAAGAUCCUCAGCCAAUGGGAGAGGAAAACAACAGCUAAAAAAUGCUAAAGAAGUUUAGCAAUUAAAAAUAUGCCAAAGGGGAAAAUUGGCCUUUAUUUGUGUCAGAGGGACAAGAAUAAUUAAUGUUGGUGGAUUUACACAGAUGUUCUUCACAAUAUCUCACUGAAGCUGAGCUAUUCUGCAAAGAAUUGGCAGGAAGGUCAAUUUUUAGAUGCGCAAAAACUAUGGCCGUGUCUCAAUAUGUGUACUUGUGCGUUCUCAUGUGCUCGUGAAAUGAAUCAGCCUCAGCCCUACUACUCUCCCAAUUCACAAGAACAGAAGACCGUGAACAGAAAAGGCCCCGGAUGUUGCUCUCGCCCCUCGCUCUUUACCCAGCAUGCAUCAGAGCGAAGUUUUCCAUUCCCCAGACCGAAAGCUGUCCCAGCAUGCACCGCGGCGGCAGCAGCUUUCAGUGGAGUUCUCAUAAAGCUCAGAGUAUUAAGUUAAAAGUUCUCUUUUUACCAUUGCUUUACAAAGGUAUGUUUUAAAAUCAUUUCAGGCGAGAACAUUAUACUUUUAAGCAGCGUUAUAUGAGCCAUUUACUGAUUUAGUGCUUAAUUUAAAAAAAAAAAGGUCCUAUAUUGAGAGGAUCGCGGCAAAAUCAGAGGGUAACCGCAGCCAGGGCUAAUUUUAGCCCGUCUGCAGCAGCCCUUUCUCGGCAUAGCCGUGUAUAAAGUACCACUGGCUCUGAUGUCUGCUAGAUUUUUUUUUUUUUGUUUUAUUUGGCAAAAUUUUAAUUUGAUUUGUGUUUAUCUGACUGUGUUAACUAUUAUUCUCCCACUAAAUGAAAAAAAGUAUUAUUAUUUAUAGACUGAAUAACAGGAGGUGAAAUGCAGCUCCAGACGAGCCGAGUGUGUGGUAAGGGCACGAGUCUGCUUCUGUUCCAGUUGACAAAUAUUUAUACUGCAUUCUCCCAUUCUCCACGAGUCUAGACUUUCCUGUGUUCUUGUCAAGAACAUACUUUGCGAGUCCAUACUCGUGUUCUUGUAAAUUGAGAAAUGGCCUAAGUAUUAAAAUAUUGAGGGGCUGAAUCAAAAUGCAUUUUACAUGUUCUUUAAAAAAAUCCUUUCAAAGCCAUCUAUUACUUUUUAAACAGCAAGAUUAGGCACUCAGUUAUUUUGCUCUAUUGCAUUAAGUCCCAUUUAACGGACUGAAUCUUGUUGUUAGUAUUAAGACUUUUGCAAGACACUUCAUGGUUUAUAUCCAGCUAUUGCUACAGCAUAGUAAAAAAAAAAAAAAAAAAAAACAGCAUACAAUAUAGCAUUAGUGUUUUAUAAAUAUAUGCAUGAUACAGUGAAGAAAAUAUUCGAGAAAGCAUGGAAAUCUAAUUCACCCCAAACUUUUUAGAAUCAUUGUUAGCCUUUGUUUUUGUUUUGUUUUUGUAAUGUGAACAAAGAUUUGCAUUCGAUUAACAGUGUGUAACCAAGUUGAAACUGCUCCUAAAAGGUCAAAUGAAGCAGGAAUUAAAAGAAAAAAAAAACUCUGAGCCAUAUUUACUGUACGUCACACAAGAGUAACUAAACUGACAAUCAAACGGUGAGUAAAAACUUGCUAUUUACUACUGUAUAUCAGUAAGUUUUAGCUAAGAAAGGCCAAGCCUGAAAGGGAAGGAAAAGUUCCUGUGUAAACAAGCUCUGAACUUUGAGAUUUUUAGUUUCGCCUUAUGGGGUUAAAACGUGAACAUUUUUAUUAGAUCUGUGCAUUUUAAUGACUAUAGACCUAUACGAGUGUCUGUAUGUUUAUUCUUAUCUAAAACUGGAAUGUUUCACCUAUUUGCAUGGUUUCUUUAUUAGGAGUUUCUAUAAAAUUUGUUUCCUACCUGUGCUGUCAUCAUACAAGGCCUUACUUACUUAUUACUUAACCCAAUAAGCCAUCAUUUGUACAGAUUUACACCACAAAUAUCUGAUUUUUGUGUUGCAUGUUAUUGCUUUCCAUUCAUUGCAUCUUAACGGUGAAAUGGGGAACGUAGUGUUACUUGAAGUAAUUCAUUAUCUAGAAAACAAUUGUUUCUACUGUGAUCAGGUGUGUUUAGUAUUGAACUUGCAGUUAAACAAGUCUGUCUGUUUACGUUACAAAUGCAUGAUUCCAAUACCUGGACAUUUGUUUACAGUGUGUGUCCACAUGCACGGGGGUUCUUCAGAUGUGUAGGGUACUUGAUGGUGAACAGUUACCUCUUUUUUUAAUGUUCGUUUUUAAACAUUAACACCUUCCAUUUACUUAUCUUGGGAACUUAGGACCAACACUCCCUCAUAUCAGUUUAGCUUGUGUUAACUGAAUUAGUCAGAAAUGUAUCUGAUGUCAAAAAGUGGGAUAGCAAUCAUUGACAACUUUGCAAAACAUUUUACUCACUUAUUUAGUCUUAUAAAGCCUUCAUGUACAUGUUAGACCAAAAAAAUAAAUAAUAAAUGUUUUAGGAGUAAUUGAAAAAAAAUACAUUUCAGAAAACUUGAUGGCAAAAAACAGAAGGUGUAAAGUAAUGGACCAAAAACAGUUUAACAACAAAGCCGUGGAAGUAGUAGAAGCUAAAGAAAACAGCAGAUUUGAGAUCCACCUAAAAAAAGAAACAUAUUUUAUGUUUCACUAGUAAUUGUUCAACCAAUGUUUCUUGCUCUUAUGAAAAUUUUUCUCUGACUGUGUCCGAAUGUCAUCCAUAAUCACUAUAUAGGGCCCUAUAGUAUAGGGCCCUAUAUAGUGGUUAUGUCAUUUUAAACGAGUGUCAGAACAUCUAGUGGAUGAAAAAGUAGUGCACUCGAAAAUUCCCACAAUGCACCUUGAAAAGUCGUGAUCAUCGAUGGCCACUAGAUGAAUAGUGGAAUGCUGUGCGAGGAAAGCUCCCCUCGCAAAGCAUUAUGGGAUUUAUUGUCACAACGGCCUGCUGUCGCCCUAGGCUAUAGCUACUCGUCAACAGUAACAAUAACAAAGAUGCCAAGUGUAGUGUACAGGGAGGUGGAUUAUCCUGACCAACGAGAAUGAAAAGUAGUGAUCAUCUGUCCAAAUACUCACUUAACAGAGUUCCCUAUGAAGUCCACUUUAUAGUCCCUGCUCUAUAUAGUGAUUGAGGGAUUUAGGGGUUAGGGAAGACAUUCGGACAAAGCCUCUGUUUUUAGAAACAAAUGUAGUGACACAGAUGACGAGUGAGAACAGAGGAUAUUCAUGUCACAAGAUUUAAAAUCUUUUGUGGAAGUGAGAAUCCCCAUUUCUUUGGUUCAAAAUCAGCAUAAACAUUUUUCCCAAAUCUAGAAUUUGUAACCUCUAAUUUGGUCUUAUUGCCAAAUCUAAUUAUUCUUUUCACAAAUGUCUUCAGAUAAAAUAUUGCCAGUUCAGAUUUGAUCAAUUUAAAUUUUUUUGGUUUUGUAAAUUAAUUAAAUUAAUUGUAGUUCUGCCCCCCCAAAAAAACAGAAAUAGCCCUCUGUGGUGCAAAGAGAAAGAUCCGACCAAAGAAAGUUCUACCUUUCGCAACAUUUCUGAAAAUUAACACAGCAUAGCGUCAUCUCAAAAACUCCUUUCCUGCAUCAAUUUCCUGUUCUAAAAUGUAAAGUUGUCGCCUGAAAGUAAUUUGUAACAACGUGAUUUUUUAUCUUUCAGAAUAACGCAUUCUGCUCAAGCUUUAGCAUUGCAAUCGGAUUUGCUUAGUGCUGAUAUCUAGCCAGAUUUAGUUAUAAGUAGCCAUACUCUCUAUUUUAACACCAGUAAAAGGAAACUUUUUCACAGUUCCCUUUGCAUCUGAUCAAGAAUUAGUUUUCAUGCUUUUUUUUCCCGUUACUUCUCUUUUCUAUUCAGAGAGGUAGGUUUUAAAAGUAAAAAAAAAACAUGACUUAGAUCCCAGGAUUUUACAUGGUUUAGGAUCCUGCAUAGUCCAAAACACAUUGCACUACAGAAAACAGCUGAAAACCUAAGAGUCUUACUGCCAUUUUAUACUACUAACAUGUGAGGUCCGUUUUUAGUCACCCACCACAUGUGUGAAACAGUUUAUUUAAAAUCCCAGAUGUUUUAGGUUAUAUAAAAUCAGAGAUCCAUUUGAUACAUGUAACAUUUCUAUCAUUGAACAUGUUACUCUGGUGAAACCUUAGUUUCCUACAAAUAAAAUUCCCAAAUCCUAGUUUCAACUAUUGAGACAAAUAAAACUCAAUCCUCUGUCAUCUUAGGCUGUUUAAUACCCUAAGAAGUUUAGUUUUUCACGUUCAUAUUAUGUCCGACUUUCAUUUUCUGUUCUUUAGAUCAGAUUCAGUUUUUAUCCAAUCCAAUUUUAUUUCUUAAGCACUUAAAAACAACCACAGCUGACCAAAGUGCU